AAAAAGAGGGAGAUGGAGGGAAGAUAAUCCAGUCUUUCGCAAAUGCUGAGCACAUGUUUUUCUUGCAGAAAAGAAGUGCCUGGUGUUUUGCUCUUGUUCUUUGGUCAUUUGCAUUGAUUCAGUGUCACCUCCUAGCACCUGCACUGCCCAGUAUUUUCUGUGUAUUUAUCUGAAUGUUUCUUGUAUCUUUCUAGAAACCCAGGAAGCCAGCAGCGAUAACUAUACUUAGAACUUGAAAUGAAGAAAAAAUUAAAAAAAAAAACCUUAAACCCCUCAGCUCUGAGAAGUUAACUGCAUUUCUCUAACAGAGCAAGACAUUUGUGUGUUCAUUACAGUCCUACCUCAUUUUGGCACAAGAGGAAAAGUUGACUGCCACUUCUCCAGCAGAGCAGAGUUUGCAGCUCGUAAUGCUGUAAUUCAGGCUCACAAGGCUGAGCAGUGUGCCCUGAAGACAGGGACAAUGAUUACCUCCUGGACACCAGUUAUAAUGCAGAAGAAUUUCAGCCUUUUCCGCAGAUUCAAAAUUGCAAGCAAAGUCUGCAUUGUUUUCAUCUAUGUUAGUCUACUACCGAAGGAAAAGUGGAGUAGUUAGUAGAGUAGAUUCUUGCCCUGAUAAAACGCAGUGGUCUGAUCCAUGGACAGCUGUAGACCACCAGUGGUGUGAAAAAUGAUUUUCUGCAUAAAGUGUUUUUUAUUGUUGUUGUGUGGCACUUGCAUUCUUCCCUUGUUCAUUUCUUUUGUUUCCUCGCUUCAACUGAAGAGGUGUGCAGGUUUCCGGAUGCCAAAAUGAGAGGACAGAGGUGGGAUAACCUCUGCUUCACCAGCAGGUCACCAGCAGGAAGCAUUUUUUCCUAGCAAACCGAACACAGUCAUGCUUAACUGUUUCUCCUGUUUUCGAUUAGCACCUAUGGGUCUUGCAGAUAUGAUGACACCUGGUGAGUCCAAACUACCCCUUCCUCUCAAAGCAGAUGGCAAAGAAGAAGGAGCCCCUCAACCUGAGAGCAAGUCAAAGGAUAGCUACAGCUCUCAGGGUAUUUCUCAGCCCCCAACCCCAGGCAACCUGCCAGUCCCUUCCCCAAUGUCCCCAAGCUCUGCUAGCAUCUCCUCAUUUCAUGGAGAUGAAAGUGAUAGCAUUAGCAGCCCAGGCUGGCCAAAGACUCCAUCAAGCCCUAAAUCAAGUUCCUCUACCACAACUGGAGAGAAGAUCACAAAAGUCUAUGAACUUGGCAAUGAACCAGAGCGCAAGAUGUGGGUAGACCGGUAUCUCACGUUCAUGGAGGAGAGGGGCACACCUGUGGCCAGUCUGCCAGCUGUGGGCAAGAAGCCCUUGGACCUGUUCAGGCUGUAUGUCUGCGUCAAAGAGAUUGGAGGUUUAGCGCAGGUUAAUAAAAACAAGAAGUGGCGCGAGCUUGCAACAACAUUGAACGUUGGCACUUCGAGCAGUGCAGCCAGCUCCCUGAAAAAACAGUACAUUCAGUACCUGUUUGCCUUCGAGUGCAAGAUCGAGCGAGGGGAGGAGCCCCCUCCAGAAGUCUUCAGCACUGGAGAUACUAAGAAACAACCUAAGAUUCAGCCGCCAUCUCCUGCUAAUUCUGGUUCCUUGCAAGGCCCACAGACUCCGCAGUCUACUGGCAGUAAUUCCAUGACAGAAGUGCCAGGCGAUUUGAAACCUCCAACACCAGCAUCAACACCUCAUGGACAGAUGACACCUAUGCAGGGUGGCAGAAACAGCGCAGUUAGUGUGCAUGAUCCCUUUUCUGAUGUAAGUGAAUCAGCAUUCCCGAAGCGAAACUCCAUGACGCCAAAUGCACCAUACCAGCAGGGAAUAAACAUGCCAGAUAUGAUGGGAAGGAUGCCAUACGAGCCGAAUAAAGAUCCUUUUGGUGGAAUGAGAAAAGUGCCUGGAAGCAACGAGCCUUUCAUGACCCCUGGACAAAUGCCUAACAGUGGAAUACAGGAAAUGUAUAACCAGAGUCCAUCUGGAGCCAUGUCCAACAUGAGCAUGAGCCAGCGACAGCAGUUCUCUUAUGGAAGUGGCUAUGACAGGAGGUCGGAUCAUGGGCUGGGUCCUGAAGGCAGUAUGGGACCACCUGGUCAAAGCAACAUGGUGCCUUCAAACAGUGACCCAAGCAUGUACUCUCCUAAUCGUUACCCUGGCCAGCAAAGGCAUGAACCAUAUGGGCAGCAGUAUCCAGGACAAGGACCUCCCUCAGGACAGCCACCGUAUGGAGGACAUCAACCUGGAAUGUAUCCACAGCAGCAGAACUACAAGCGACACAUGGACGGCAUGUAUGGGCCUCCAGCCAAACGCCACGAAGGGGAUAUGUAUAACAUGCAGUAUGGCAACCAGCAACAAGAAAUGUAUAACCAGUACAGCAAUGCUUAUUCUGGGCCUGAUAGGAGGCCUAUGCAGGGACAAUAUCCGUAUCCGUAUAACAGGGAGAGGAUGCAGGGCCCAGGACAAAUGCAGCAGCAUGGAAUACCUCCCCAGAUGAUUGGUGGCCCCAUGCAGUCGUCGUCCUCCACUGAAGGUCCUCAGCAGAACAUGUGGCCAACACGAAACGAUAUGCCUUACCCUUACCAGAAUAGGCAAGGUCCAGGAGGCCCUGCACAGGCCCCACCGUAUCCAGGGAUGAAUCGCACUGAUGAUAUGAUGGUACCUGACCAGAGGAUAAACCACGAGAGUCAGUGGCCUUCUCAUGUCAACCAACGUCAGCCUUCUUAUAUGUCAUCCUCAGCCUCCAUGCAGCCUAUCACUAGGCCUCCUCAGUCAUCCUACCAGACACCACCCUCUAUGCCAAAUCACAUCUCUAGAGCUCCGAGUCCAGCAUCCUUCCAGCGCUCUUUGGAAAACCGUAUGUCUCCAAGCAAGUCUCCUUUCCUACCCUCCAUGAAGAUGCAAAAGGUUAUACCCACAGUUCCAGUGUCACAGGUCACAGGACCUCCACCCCAACCACCACCGAUUAGGCGAGAAAUUACCUUCCCCCCAGGCUCUGUAGAAGCAUCGCAACCAGUCUUAAAACCAAGACGAAAGAUUACCUCAAAAGAUAUUGUAACUCCUGAGGCCUGGAGAGUGAUGAUGUCUCUUAAAUCUGGUCUUUUGGCUGAAAGUACCUGGGCGCUAGACACUAUUAAUAUUCUUCUAUAUGAUGAUAGCACUGUCGCUACGUUCAACCUCUCUCAGUUGUCUGGAUUUCUUGAGCUUUUAGUAGAAUAUUUUAGAAAAUGCCUGAUUGACAUUUUUGGAAUCCUUAUGGAAUAUGAAGUGGGAGAUCCAGGUCACAAAGCACUUGAUCACAAAUCAGCCAAGAAAGAUGAUAGCCUGUCCUUGGCAGAGGAUACUGGAAAAGAGGAGAACGACGAAUGUAUUGACUGUUUUGAUGAAGAGGAGGAGGAGGGGGAUGAUGAAAACGUAGAAGGAGAAGAAAAGAGCAUUGUUUUUUCCACUCCUGGUGCCAUUGCUGAUCCAAGCGAAAGGCCAAAACAAGCCAGUAAAUUUGACAAGCUGCCAAUAAAGAUUGUAAAGAAAAAUAAUCUAUUUGUUGUUGAUCGAUCUGACAAACUUGGACGCGUUCAGGAAUUUGAUAGUGGACUUCUCCACUGGCAGCUUGGUGGUGGUGACACAACUGAGCAUAUCCAGACUCAUUUCGAAAGCAAGAUGGAGAUUCCUCCACGCAGGAAAGCCCCUCCUCCCUCAAACUCUCCAAGCAAAAAGAAAGACCUUGAGGGGAAAGGUGAAUUUGAGGAACAACAAGAAAAAAGUAUAACAGCAACCAUUGAUGAUGUCCUCUCAGCUCGGCCAGGAGCAUUGCCUGAAGACUCAAACUCUGGUUCCCAAACAGAGAGCAGUAAAUUUCCCUUUGGGAUCCAUCAAGCCAAAAGCCACCGGAAUAUUAAACUGCUAGAGGAUGAGCCAAGGAGCCGGGAUGAGACUCCUCUAUGCACCAUAACUCACUGGCAAGACUCCUUGGCCAAACGCUGCAUCUGUGUGUCAAAUAUCGUCCGUAGCUUGUCUUUUGUGCCUGGCAACGACACCGAAAUGUCCAAACAUCCAGGCUUGGUGCUGAUCCUGGGAAAGCUGAUCCUUCUUCACCAUGAGCAUCCAGAAAGAAAGCGAGCGCCGCAGACUUACGAGAAGGAGGAAGAGGAGGACAAAGGGGUGGCCUGCAGCAAGGAUGAGUGGUGGUGGGACUGCCUCGAGGUCUUGAGGGAUAAUACAUUGGUCACAUUAGCCAACAUUUCUGGGCAGCUAGACUUGUCUGCUUACACAGAAAGCAUCUGUUUGCCAAUUUUGGAUGGCUUGCUGCACUGGAUGGUGUGCCCAUCUGCAGAGGCACAGGAUCCUUUUCCAACCGUGGGGCCCAACUCAGUUCUUUCGCCUCAGAGACUUGUGCUGGAGACCCUGUGUAAGCUCAGUAUCCAGGACAAUAAUGUGGACCUUAUCUUGGACCCCCCAUUCAGUCGUCAGGAGAAACUCUACGCUACUUUAGUUAGGUACGUUGGAGACCGCAAAAACCCGGUCUGCCGAGAAAUGUCCAUGGCGCUCUUAUCGAACCUUGCCCAGGGGGACACAUUAGCAGCAAGGGCAAUAGCUGUGCAGAAGGGAAGCAUCGGAAACUUGAUAAGCUUCCUGGAGGAUGGGGUCACUAUGGCCCAGUACCAGCAGAGCCAGCAUAACCUCAUGCACAUGCAGCCUCCGCCUCUGGAGCCACCUAGCGUAGACAUGAUGUGCAGGGCGGCCAAGGCCUUGCUGGCCAUGGCUAGAGUGGACGAGAACCGCUCAGAGUUCCUUUUGCACGAGGGUCGUUUGCUGGAUAUCUCAAUAUCUGCUGUCCUGAACUCUCUGGUUGCAUCUGUCAUCUGUGAUGUACUUUUUCAGAUUGGGCAGUUAUGACAUAAGUGAGAAGCCAAGCAUGUGUGAGUGGAGAUUAGAGGGUCACAUAUAACUGGCUGUUUUCUGUUCUUGUUUAUCCAACGUAGGAAGAAGGUUAAAAAAAAAAAAA